GCAUUGGAACGGAAGUCAGCAAGUAUUUAAGUUUUUGGCUACAAAUGGUCAAGCUUAAUUACCAUACUGAAGUAACGGUGCCGAACGAGGUAACGGUGGAAGCGAACGGUGCCGAUAUGAUGUUUCCUGCAGCUAGGUGGCGCAGUUACACGGCCUGUCUUAAUGUUAAUAACGUAAGGUCGUGUAUAAGCGUAUAAGACAUGGGCGGCUAGUUAAGACUGAAUCAACGCACUUGUGAUGCGUCCUGCCGCUAGCCACGUGUGGUUUAGAUUAACGUCUUCCUGUCGACUGCAGGAAGACUUUUAUCACCAGUUUUCGCAUUGGAGAGACUGUGUUCCAUUCCGCACACUAUCCAUCGCCAAUGCGCGUACAAUUUAGGCGUACGGUGAAUCUGUCAGUAUGAAAGUACGAAUAAUGUGACCAGAACAAAAAAAAAAAAAACUUUUAGCGACUACCGGGCUUUUCGCGCGUACGAUUUCAAACAACCUACAAAUGCAUUCUUCCUUGGCUUGUCUUUUCUUUUUCUUGCUGCCUCUUCUGCUCAUUCGGAAGCGUCACACGUGCGCCAGCGGCUGAUAAGCUCGUCCGCACUCGUGACGUCAUUUCCGGGAUGUCGAGCCGGCCGCGACGCACGAUGUCUGGCUGGUAGCACCUCGGAUUGCUGGCGGCGUUUAAGGCGCGUCGAGAGCUAAUUACGUUAAUUACAAACGGAUCGGGACGUGUACAGUCGGAGAGGAACUAGACGAACCAGACAAGGCACAGACAUACGGGAGCCAUGAAGAAAUUUUUGGGUUAUUUUGAGCUCAGGACUGGCAACAUCUUCAUCGGUAUGAUCUCGGUGGUACAAAGUAUUUUCAUUAUCCUGGCAGGGUCCGCAUCGUAUGGCCACUCUUCCACAUUUUCAGAUUUCCACUUGACGUGGAUUUGCAUGGCAGCGCUGUUGCUCAUCGCUUCGUUAUUGUUUGUCAAAGGAGUUGGUGACAAAAUAUCCGUACUGAUGAUUCCAUGGAUUUUAGCCAUGGUGCCCUUUACACUGUGGCUCGUCGGAGCGGCGGUCUGGGCAGCCGUAAACAGCAAGAUGAUGGACCCUGUUUCCGCAACGUUGAUGUUUGCCUUUGCAAUUGUGGAAGCGUAUUUCCUAUCCUGCGCAGUCUUCUACCAUAGAAAACUGGUCCGAGAGAAUUGAGAAAGAAAGCAGCGAGAUGAGAAGAUGCUGGAACACCGUUCUGGAGAAUCACGAUUCCUAUGAUAACCGCAAGCUGAAACUCUACCCCUUGCAUAUCCUCCAACUUACUUUUUCCAUUUUCAGGUGUCUUAGAAUCCCGCUUCGGGGGUUUAUUCUUUAUUGUGAUAGCAUAUUCUAGAUGUGCAAAUAAAAGAAGUACUCUCUCUCUCUCUAUCUCUUUAUGUGUAUAAUAUAUAUACAUAUAUAUAGGUCACAUUGAUAUAUGAAGCCAACAGACAAUUGCACAACCCGAAAAUUUUCCGCUAUAUCCCCUAAAUAUGACCGAGGUCACUAGUUUAGUUCAUGAACGACUCCCCAUGCGUGUCACACGACGAAUGGAAAUAGGGAAAAAGCAUUUGUUCAAUAAGUAUUUUCAAGACUUCAGUGUAAUCCACAAACACUAAUGUUUCAUCACACAUUGCACAUAGCAAGCUCCCUAGGGAGUUUCCUCGAAGUAUUAACACGGUGUAACGUAAACUUUUCUAUGGACAUUUUGACACAUAGCGGAUAACAGUCGUAAAACCACGGUCCUUCUUUUUUCUAGUAAAACACAAUAAUUCCCAAUUUUCGCACUCCGAAUAACAGUUAUCAAAGUUGGCCUAAAACCGAUUUCUCAUUGAAGAUUACUCUUUCUUAAAGGAUGAUAAUACAUUCAGGCAUUGCAAAACUAAUGAACGUUGUCCGUCUUCUGUGAACAAGUGCUAAAGAUAUUUCAUAUUAAUAAUAAUGCUGAUAUACGAAUAUGAUAUGCGCUUUCUUUAUGCUGAACACCCAAACGAGAACCAGCCUAUUUCAUACAUUCCCGCCAGGCGGCAUUCAAUGUAGGAAAGCUUGUAGCUGUUUUUUAAGAGCUACGUUAACAUAAAUACGAUAAUGGCCUGUCGCAUCACGUUUCCCGCACGUCGCAUGUACAUGUAAACAGCUGUAUCGCCCUAGGAACAGAAGGCUCCGACGACGGCGCUCUGUAAUGCGAGCGGUAGCUAUGACGCUGACAGGACGUCUACUCAAUUAUGUUGCGUUCAGAGAGGGGUGGCAGAUUGAACUAGUUAUUGCAGCAUCAAUUUUCUUGGAAGAGCGCGUGGCACGAAGCAGUAUAACAAGAUGACCAUGCACAGACAAGGGAGAAAGGCCCGACAGAGAUCUAGAAUGGACAGAGAGAGAGAGAGAGAGAGAGAGAGAGAUGGGGUGGGAAAGGUAGGAACGUCCGUCAGAAGAGCUUCUGGUUUGCUGCUCUUCACUGGGGCAAGGGAAAAAGAAGACUGAAAGAGUAGCGGACAAAUAAAGAAAAGACGAGAAAAAAAAAAAGCUAGAGGUUAGGAACGUGUUUGAGAACUGAUUUAGUUUCUGUAAUAGGCCACUCGAAGGUGAAUACGUCAAGAGUUCCUCGACCGACUUUUGGAGUGACGCCUGCAUAGAGCGCAGUUCCAGUACUGUCUGCUCCGAAAGCAGCCGGUCUCCAGGACGUACCAGCGUGGUUCGCGUGUGUGCGCUGAACCGAGGACGACGGCGAAGUUCAAUAGAUUGUUAACUUUCAGGCCGUGAUCUCUAAAUCGAUUGUAUAGGCAAAUUUCUGCGUUUUGCUAUGUAGUAUAUAGAUGCUUGCUUCCACCUGACAAUGGCAGUUCAUAAAAAAAUGUGCGUAAACAGGAAUUUGUAAAACAAGAAAAAAACUGAACAAAUCUUGGGAAGCAUGGCUGUGUGCGCUGAUAUUUUUUUUAUUAGGCAAGCUGCAGAGAACCAAAUAAAGAAGGAA